UGUGUUGCUCAAGUGCUCGUGCUGCUGUUUAGCGAGCUCGCUUGUGGGGGUCAAAAAAACACGCACGGGCGUCAAGGCAGCAAUUUGGUCGCCUGUCCUUGUGUAUACGUCAGUUGGGGGUGGUGGGGUACUUCCCCGUGCAGUCAAUGUUAUUUUACAUAUGAAUGAAAUCCCAGGUGGUUUGCUUGUCACGCAUGAGGACGCGAUGUAAAUGGAAGGGACCUCUCUACUUUUUUUUUCCCCUCUCAUCAUGUGGGCGAGGCUUUACCUGCGGGGACGCCCAUAUAUUUGCUCACCAGGUGCAAAACAUCCACCGUUUUAUGUGUCGAUUCGGACCCGGAAUGAAGGCGUUAUCUUCGCCACAGCAUCAUAGGCACGGAAUGAGGAGGGUGUCCAAACCUGUUAUGGAGAAACGGAGACGGGAGCGCAUCAAUCGCAGUUUGGAAACGCUCAGAAUUUUAAUGUUGGAAAAUACACACAAUGAGAAAUUGUCGAACCCCAAAGUGGAGAAGGCUGAAAUCCUGGAGAGUGUGGUGCAAUUCCUGAAGUCUGACAAGGAGCAGAGGGGUCCGCGUGCAGUCAAGUCAGUUUUGUCCCACAGGGUGCAGCAAGCUAGCGGCCUCCAGUGCGACUAUCAGGAAGGCAUGAGGUCGUGUCUCUUAAGGAUCCAACGCUUCAUAGCCAGUGAUGAAAAGGGGCUCGGGCAAGUGUCCGGGGAACCCGCUUCGACAAGUUCACCCUCACACAACCACGCUCCGUACCCUUCGCAUCUGAGUCCCCGCUAUCAGUUCAAGGACGGUAUCUUCCCCUCUUCUGUGAGCCAGGGGUCCGGGUAUCAGUACUGUGACACCAGGGAGUUGCUGUCCUCCCCUACAGCUUGCGCCCAAAGUCCAGAUCCCGUGUGGAGACCCUGGCCCCAGUCAUAAAUACUCUCAUCUAAUCAAGUGCUAGAUUCUAUUUUUGAUAUUCUUUACAUGCAGGGGUCACCAACCUUUUUAAAAGAGACAGCUGCUUCAUUUUGGGGACUGAUAAACUCAGUUGCUGCCAUUUACAGUGACAAACAUCCAAUUCAUUUAAACUACCAAUUCAAAUGGAUUUGACAUCUAUCGUCGUCAAUGGCAGCCUAGCCACCAUGUUGGUGACCCCUGCAGUUGACUGUGAAAUAUGUAAUCACUUCUUAAGUGCAAAAGUUUUUUUUUUAUCCUAUUUUUAAGGGUUUUUCUUUAUUAUAAUGACCAUUCAGCAAAUAUUUUUUUAUAUAUUUCUCCAAGCAAAUACGAGAACUAGCUGCAGCUGAGCACGUUUUUUUUUUUUUUUUUUUUUACUUUGGGAAUUUUAAUUUUUUUUUUUUUUUUUUUUUUUUUUUGUAAACCAGGGCUGUUGGUGGAUCCAGGGUCUUCCAAUGUGGGAAGAGCAUUGUUGUUCACACAUACUUGUUGCACAUUGGACAUGUCCAUUAACAUGCUAAUGUAGGGUUGGGCUGUUUUUCACAUGCAAGAGGACACAAGAGUGGCCACUCGCAAACUGUCCACUGAUCCAGACUGCAUCCAAUCUACACAUGCCUUGAAUGCAACUGAACGACUUGUUUUGUUCCAAACUUGUUUGAAAGGACAAGGCCAAUCCUACAGCCAGCAUAUUAAGAAUCCAAUAAAGUGGAAUAAUGAAU